GCUGUAUCACCUCCCAAGAACUCUUUGCCGCUGAAACUCGGAAAGCCGGUCGUUUUUGACAGCACCGUCCCGCACUUCUACAGCAUAGAAAAACCAAGUGCCUCAAGAAGAAGUAGAACAAUGGGCACCAAGAAGAUGAACAAACCCGCCGCCGCCCUCACCGCAGUCGCCCUUCGCGUCGAUCUAUCAAAUGCAAAUGUGUCUGGGUCUGGAAGGUUGCAACUUGUCAUGCUAAAUCUGAUUCAUGCAAAGAGUCUGUGUUGCGUGAUUACUUACCAACAGCCGUCCUUUUUUACCAAGCUGAGAGGGUAUUUCUCAGGCAGGAUAGGCAUGAUAGAGAUCUCACAGAAUUUGUCAUGCUAGGUGCUGCAUUCCAGACCUCAUGAGUCAUAGAGCACCUGCAUGACAAACGUGAGAAUCUUCCAGACCCAGACAUAUGUGCAGUUGAUACGAUCUUUGCGGACCCUGCGCCGCGUCCGCGGUGAAAAAUCGGCUGUACAAGUCAAUUAUGGAUAGCAAAUAUAUCUGGGUCUGGAAGAAGACAAACCUGUGAUGCGCAUUUCAGAACAUAGAAAAAUCUCUCAUGCAUAAGUAGCAAAAGCUGCCCACUUUCUGUCACCAAAAUGGGGGACUUGUCAUGCGGAUUCGGCAUUGCGGAAGCUCCUCGAGACCUGUGAUGCUAGAGCUUCCAUGCCAGCCCUUCUGUGUCAUGCAAAAACAGCAUGACUCUUCCAGACCCAGACACUUUUACACUUGAUAUCAAUCGGAAAUCCUCUUUUCUCGGUUUGCACCGCC